AUGACCGGUGUUCGUUUCUUCCUCUUCUUCCUUUUGGCCAGUCUCUUCGAAUUAUCUCGAAGCCGAAUCGAUAGAGACCUCAGAGAAAAGAGAAACCUUUUAUAUUCACCCCCACUUCUUUAUCCUUUCGGUGGUACGAUUAAGCUCGUGGUAGGAUUCGCAGUACCGAUCGAACUAGCUGGAAGGAUUUUGGUUUACGGCCAAAACUUUCAAUUCCAAUAUGCUCUGCCGCAAAACGCUACGUUCUUCAGUAAUUUAUCACAAAAUCGCGUCUUUUCACGACGACGUAGAGAUCUCGAUAGGUACGGAAGGGUACUUCUCUUUAAUACGUUGGAACAAUAUUUUCAAAGAAACGGAUUAAACGGCCGAGAAUGUAUAAAAAAGAGCAUUUGCGAGGCUGUUGUAGAUCCUUUAAUAAACGAAGGCCUUAUCGGAGAACUUUUACAUCUUUUAUUAACACCGGAACACGCCGAGGAUCCAUCUUUUCCUGAAGAUUUCCUCUUAGCAGCCAAAGUUGGUCAAAAAUACGAGGAUUGCUCAAGGAUCUUUUCUUCUUGCCCGGCUGGUCAAGGAUUUUUGGAUCGAAUUACUCGCCCCUUUUGAU